AUGAGUCAACUUGGUUCCAACAUCGACCGGGGUGCCUUCGCAGACAGAUACAAGCUGACGAUAAAUGCCAUUUUCCAGAACGCCCCAAACACCAAUCUGUUCAUAACAGGAUAUCCUCGGUUCUUCAAUGAGCUCACUGAUCAAUGCGACACCACGAGCUUCAAGUUAUUCUGCACCAAUAACGGGGUACUCCCAAUAACCAAAGACCGCCGUAGAAAGAUGAACGAGCUUACAAUCAGACUCAACAACAAGAUCAAGGCUUUCGUAAACGACAACCCCCCACAGUCCGGCUCAAUCACUUUCGUAGAUACAGACCCGUAUUUCGAAGGCCAUCGCUUCUGCGAGGAAGGCGUUCUUGAACCAAGUUACCGGAACAAGAAUAUAUGGUUCUUUCCGCUGGAAUUUAGUGCACCCGACGGAGCCACCUUCAAUGUUAGCGAUAGUACACCUUCUGGAGAUUGCCAAGCUAUCUUGGAUGCAAGCGGGGAUGCUGGACAGUACUACACAUGCCUGAUCGCAAACUCUAUACCCCAAGGAACAACUAUCGAUUUGCAUGAGCAGCCUAACAACGUCGCAACCAACGAAGAAUACGAACCGGAUGUCUUGGACUACCCAGUUUGGCUCUUGCGAACAUUUCAUCCAACGAUACAAGGUCACGAGGCAUACCGAGAAGCGUUCUUCGCUGCGUACUUGGCGUUCAACAAUCCCGCAUUUACAUCCGAGCUCUUCUGCAAUGACCUGGAGAACAAGUACGUUGCGAAAGACGCGCUCCUCGACCUUAUCGACAACACCUAUUGUCCCAAGCUGGAAGGCGCUACUGGCUCUAUCGGUACAGGGCAUUAUUUCCCAAGUACCCCCGAGGCAGUCGAAAUCGGCGUCACCAGCAGACUCAACGCGGGACCUGUACCUACCGUGGAGGAGUGCAAGACAAAUCUUCACAAGAUAUUAGACGAGUGCAAUAACGACAAAUCGAAAAACCCAGUGGGCUGGCAAGCUGGUGGAGAGUUCGAGAUCAACGGCUGGAGAUUUACCAUCUCACCCACGGGCCAGCGGCCUUCCACACCGAAAGCAUGGUGUAAGAUUGAGAAUUGCCAAAACAAAGAGAAGUGCACCGCAUCUAUCUGGGGGGCGGGAUGGCUCAGGAACGACUAUGGCGAAAAGCUGCGCAGUGCCUUCGCAGCCCAACAAGCCGUAUACAGCGAACUGAGAUACGAAAACUCCCUUGGCGACAGCAAAGGUAUCGAUAUGAGUCAAUGGGAUUUCAAGUACGAAGCUUUGGAUGGGCACGAGUGGUAUGCGAGUUUGUUCUUGGAUCUGGGUCUUCGCUUGCCAUACAAGCAAACCGUUACCGAUGCUUUGUACUCUUCCGCUGGUGAUGGUCUUGAGAUCGGUAAUGGCGGCGAUUGCGAGUCAGAGGUUAACUAUUAA